GGCCAGUCGCCUCUGCCCAGUUUCCUUUAGAGGAAACACAUACCAGAUUUCACUGCAUCGCACACACAGUCGAAGGGAAAAUCCGUAGCUACUCAUGCAUCAAUUUAAGCAAAACCUCCUCUCGUACAGUUCAAUAGCUCGCAGCAUAUUGUGGCACUAACUACAGCAACAAGGUGUGCUAGACCCUGAGGUCACUCAUACCUGGAAUGAUAAUGAAUGGGUCCAGUACAGAAUCGAGAUGCUACCACCUGCAAACACUCUGCCUGCAAGGGAAAUAUAGACGUCAUUCAUAUGGAAAGAUAACAAUGCACAAAAGAGCCGGUCAUAAAGCCAACAAAAGGUUUAAAAAAAAGAUUUCCGAGCACAGCAGUUCUGUUAAACUCUCUGUUAUUAUAAAGUGUUAUAAAGUGGGAUUAUUUUGUAAUACCUACACAUUAUCUAUACCUAUAAUAUUAUACCUAUACAGUAUGAUAUAUCUUCUUUUGAGAGGAUUUCAGCUUUUAACUUUGCAGUCUUCAAACUGACUUAUUUACCUCACUUAAAAGGUGCUAAAUUCAAAAUUCAGAGCAUAAAUAGGGGAGAGCAGGGUGAGUUGAGCCAGUUCUUACUUGAGGCAUCUUUUAAGUGUAACUUCCUAAAGCGCUAACACGUGUGAGAGUUUUUUUUCACUUCAUCCUACAGGCCCAAAAUGGCCAUUGACAUCCAGGAUGAAUCUUUGAUAACCAAUUGGCUUGGUGAGAGACGUGUCCUCACUCGUGUCAGAUCAUCCACCAAUAUAAGACAACAUAUGAGCCACGAUUUAUGGGACUUUUUGACCGAAUCGUGGUUUCCAUUCUGCUGCCCUCUUCUUUUAAAUUCACCUCGCCCUAUCACUCCUCCUUGUUUUCUUCUGCUUCUUCUUCUUCUCCCUUUGGCAACUGAUAUUCCAGCAGCCUCUCUCCCCUCCCUGAGCCUUUCUCUUCUUCUUCUUUCUCCUCCCACUCUCCCUGCCUCUCCAACCUUCCUCCCUUCCCUCCCUCAUCACUCUCUCCUCUCUCACUUCACUUCACUUCAGUUAGGUGUGCUGUUAAGUCCAGUAGAGGUUUUGCCUUUUCCUCUCUCAAGAUGUUCUGGACUCGAGUCUUCAUGCUCUCUUUGCUCACCACUCUCCUCAUCUUCAUCUUUUCCAGUGUGGUGGAAAGCGCAGCAGUCCGGGACAACUCAAAAGCUGCAGCAGUACGGGACAACUCAAAAGCGAGCGAUCCUAAAGGCCCAGCGCGGCAGGUGUUCAUGCCCGAGUCAGACGCCUCCAACUUCUUCAAACGCCGCAGUCGCCGCUCAACCCACUACUAUGAGCUCCAAGCCGAGCAGAGAGUAAAGAUUACUGCGAGCGAACGGAGGAGGGAGUACAACGAGGAGCAACUGGACGAGUACGAGCACUACGUCGAGGAGGAACGCGACGAGCAAAAUGAGAGAACGAGGGAGACGAAUGAGCAGAUGCGAGAGUACCACUACGACGGCCUCGAGCCUCGCUACUACUGGUUCCACUGAGCAGUACUCUGUCGCGUGGCGGGCCGGGGCUACAGCACCUCUCAUUGGAGCAGUGCUAAUAUACUCACAUCACCUGUACCUGUGAGGGGAUUCCUGACACUUUGAGAGCAAGUGUUAAAGUUAUGUCCAUAUAUAUAUUUUACUUUAAUGUACAAGAUAAAGGUUCUCAUUGCUUAUUAUUUUUUUUUUAUAAAAAAUAAAUUGUGCAAUAUGUGUCUCCACGUCAAACUGUAAAAUGUAUUAAAAGUGCAGUUUUUGUAUUGUACAUGUAAGCUAAACUUUAUCAUAUUAAAUGUACACAAUAUGUUUUGCAUGCCUGUUUUUAACACUUUUUUUUACAUGUACAGAAGCUAUACAAGUCGUUUUAUGUCAGCUUGUGGCAUUGACAGCAAUAAAUCAACCAUACAAUAACAA